AUGACAAAGAUAAUACAUAAAAAAAUUAAGCUCAAUAUCGAAUGUAUUGAAGAGAACCUUUCCACUGAAAAUAUUCAAGUGCAAGCAGCAAGAGAGCAAUUAUAUGUUUACUCUAUAGCAUAUACUACAGAUGGGAUUCUGAAAGGCACGGACAUCAUUAGAAUCGAAAAGUGUACAUUGCCAACAAUCCAAAAAGAAACCUUAAACAAGUGCGUACAAUUAGAGUUAUCUUGGAUAAUAUUUAUAAUGGCCGACUCAACAGUGACUGACGUAAGCAAAUUAAAGGUUGUUGAUUUAAGGAAAGAGCUAAAAUCUCGUGGACUAGCGUACACCGGUGAUAAAGCUGAACUUGUGGCAAGGCUUCAAGCAGCUAUCUCCCAAGAUGAUCACGGCGACAUAAACUUAGAUUCUGAUGAAAUUGACUCUGAUGGUGUACUUGAAGACGAAGAUGAUAAAAGCCAAACAGAUAUCUUGGACGAUACAGCAGUUGACACUUUAAACGAAGAAUUGGCUCUCGAAGAACAUUCCGCUAAACAAACUAGUGAAUCAAAACCACAAAGAACUCUUAAAAGGAAAAUUACUCCGACAGAACUGAUAAAAGAUAAAUCUACUCAAGAUAGUAAGGAAACAGGCUCUAAAAAAAUUGUUUUAAAUAGGGCUGCUUCAUUGACACCUGUUCCCAAACCUACAGAGGAUACUGUUGAAACAAAACUAGAGGAGAAGCUUCCUAUUAAUAACAACAAAGUUAAAAUAACUGCUGAUAUAGAUCCUAAAACAAGGUUAGAAAUGAGAGCAAAACGAUUUGGUCUACCAGUAAAAAUGUCUGAAGAUGAACGAAAAGAAGCCAGGAAACGGCGUUUCGGCCAAACUGCAUCAAACACAACAACUUCCAAUAAUGCGGUUUCAAGUACUGGCUCAUUACAGGAAAAUUUAGAAAAAUUAAAACAGAGAGCUCAAAGAUUUGGGCAAUCAGUAUCCUCAAUUAUGACCGAUAUUGAAAAUAAAGAGAAAUUAGAAAAACGUAAGGCCAAAUUUGGAGUAACAAAAUAA